UCGAUCUCAUUUAAUAGCUAAAAGUUUGAUGUAGGAAUUUAUGGAAAAAGUUAGUGAGAAAAACCCAAAUAUAAAAUAGGUUCAAUAUACAGAUUUUUUAUUAUUAGAGGAAGCACAAAGUAUUAUUAAUCAUAAAUUUAGAUAAAUAUUGAAUUGUAGAAAGAUUCUUUAAAGGAACCUUUGAAAAAUACAACAA